CGAGGAAGGACCCCCGACGCAGGACCCCCAGCAAUUUGUGUCAGCAGCGCCGCCGCCGCCACCGUCCCAGCCGAUGGGUCGGGAUACGCGCUCGCGCUCGCGCUCGGCGGGUCGCAGGGGCCGAAGGCAGCGGAGCCGGAGCGGGAGUCGGAGCCGAAGUCGCAGCGGGAGCCAUGGGCGGCGAAACCGGCGGCGCCGGGACGACGAGGGGCGGCGCAGGCGGAGGCGGCGGAGCCGGGAGCGCAGGUCGGACUCGGAGGAGGAGCGGUGGCCGCGGCGAGGGAGGCAGAGCCGCAGCCCCCCGCCGCCCCGGUGGCGCUCGCAGGACGGGUCCUCUCAGUCCGACUCUGGUGACGAGCGGCAGCAGCAGCGGGGCCGGUGGGCUCGCGGCCGGCGGACGCGCUCCUGGUCGCCCAGCUCCUCGGCGUCCAGCUCGGCCUCGGCGGAGCACGCGCAGAGCCCCCGGGCGGCGGCGCUGAGCCAGCAGCAGAGGCUGCAGGAGCGGCUGCGGCUGCGCGAGGAGCGGAAGCAGCAGGAGGAGCUGCGGAAGGCCUUCGAGACGCCCGAGGAGAAGCGCGCGCGGCGGCUGGCCAAGAAGGAGGCCAAGGAGCGCAAGAAGCGGGAGAAGAUGGGCUGGGGCGAGGAGUACAUGGGCUACACCAACACCGACAACCCCUUCGGUGACAACAACCUCCUGGGCACCUUCAUCUGGAGCAAGGCCCUGGAAAAGAAGGGGAUCAGCCACCUGGAGGAGAAGGAGCUGAAGGAGCGGAACAAGCGGAUCCAGGAGGACAAUCGACUGGAGCUGCAGAAGGUGAAGCAGCUGCGGCUGGAGCGGGAGCGGGAGAAGGCGAUGCGCGAGCAGGAGCUGGAGCUGCUGCAGCGGGAGAAGGAGGCAGAGCACUUCAAGACGUGGGAGGAGCAAGAGGACAACUUCCACCUCCAGCAGGCCAAGCUGCGCUCCAAGAUCCGCAUCCGGGACGGGCGGGCCAAGCCCAUCGACCUGCUGGCCAAGUACAUCAGCGCUGAGGACGACGACCUGGCCGUGGAGAUGCACGAGCCAUACACCUUCCUCAACGGCCUCACGGUGGCCGACAUGGAGGACCUGCUGGAGGACAUCCAGGUGUACAUGGAGCUCGAGCAGGGCAAGAACGCUGACUUCUGGCGGGACAUGACCAUCAUCACGGAGGACGAGAUCGCCAAGCUGCGCAAGCUGGAGGCCUCGGGCAAGGGGCCAGGCGAGCGGCGAGAGGGCGUCAACGCGUCGGUCAGCUCUGACGUGCAGUCGGUCUUCAAGGGCAAGACACACAGCCAGCUGCAGUUCAUCUUCCAGGGCAUCGAGGGCAAGAUCCGCGCGGGCGGCCCCAACCUGGACAUGGGCUACUGGGAGAGCCUGCUGCAGCAGCUCCGCGCGCACACGGCGCGCGCCAGGCUCCGGGAGCGGCACCAGGACGUGCUACGGCAGAAGCUGUACAAGCUGAAGCAGGAGCAGGGCGUGGAGAGCGAGCCCCUGUUCCCCAUCCUCCAGCAGGAGCCGCCGUCGCCCGGCCACAGCCUGGAGCCUGAGGAGCCGGCCGCCACCCCGCCGGGACCCUCCUCGGAGGGCGGCCCCGCGGAGCCCGAGGCGGAAGGGGCGGCGCGGGCGGAGGGCGAGGCGGACGGGGAGGCCGUGCUCAUGGAGGAGGACCUGAUCCAGCAGAGCCUGGACGACUACGACGCCGGCAAGUACAGCCCGCGGCUGCUCACGGCCCACGAGCUGCCGCUGGACGCGCACGUGCUGGAGCCCGACGAGGACCUGCAGCGCCUGCAGCUGUCGCGCCAGCAGCUCCAGGUCACAGGGGACGCGAGCGAGAGCGCCGAGGACAUCUUCUUCCGGCGGGCCAAGGAGGGCAUGGGCCAGGACGAGGCGCAGUUCAGCGUGGAGAUGCCGCUGACGGGCAAGGCGUACCUGUGGGCGGACAAGUACCGGCCGCGCAAGCCGCGCUUCUUCAACCGCGUGCACACGGGCUUCGAGUGGAACAAGUACAACCAGACGCACUACGACUUCGACAACCCGCCGCCCAAGAUCGUGCAGGGCUACAAGUUCAACAUCUUCUACCCCGACCUCAUCGACAAGCGCUCCACGCCCGAGUACUUCCUGGAGGCGUGCGCCGACAACAAGGACUUCGCCACGCUGCGCUUCCACGCGGGGCCGCCCUACGAGGACAUCGCCUUCAAGAUCGUCAACCGCGAGUGGGAGUACUCGCACCGCCACGGCUUCCGCUGCCAGUUCGCCAACGGCAUCUUCCAGCUCUGGUUCCACUUCAAGCGCUACCGCUACCGCCGGUGACCGAGCGCUGGAGGGGCCGCUGGCGGGGCCGGAGCCCGGGGGGCGCGGGUGUCGCCGCCGCGCUGUGCGGAUGGGCGGCCGGCGGGGACGCGCCCGAGGGCCGGGAGACCCGCGUCCAGGGCCUCGAUGGCCCCUCCUCGGGGCCAGGCCCCUGCCGCGCACGUUCUGGAGGGACCGUCGGAGGGCGUCCGGGCUGCGCGGGCCGAGGGUCAGUGCCCCCUCAGUGGGCGUGGAGGACGUGUCACCGUCGCCAUCGGGACUGGGAACCGAGGGUCCCGAGAUGUCCUCGUGCGGGCGCGGUGUCCCCCACGUGGGGACGGCUGCCCUCCUCGGGGCCGCCUCCCGCCACCAGCGCUGCCCUCCUGCUCCGUGUGUGGGACGCGGACGCCUCGGGCCUGGCAGGCGCGGUCCCCUCCCCGGUCCGUCCCGGAAACACGUCUCCGGUGACGUUUUUCUCGCGGGUCUUUUCCAGCCCGACGGGAGGAGCCCCGCGCGGCCCCCCACGGCCUGCUCCAUUGGGAACCAUCUGAGGUUAUUUCUCUAAAAGGACUGUUUUUGGCGGGCAGGAAUCUUGUUUAUUUUCAUUUAAUUGGUCUACUGGUGAGAUUGCAUGUUUUUUAAUAAACGUUUUAUUUUAGAGUAA